AUGAUGUUUGAAUCCGAAGCAGCUGAUCAGGCUAUAGAACCAUAUAUAAAUGAUAAUGUUGACAUAAAUGAUUUUGUGGAAUCAACAUAUGAAUCUGACGAACUUAACGAUUUCGAAGUGAACAUUGAAUUUGACGAAGAUGAUGUUAAUGAUGAAAGGAUACUGGGAAAGGCUUUUGAUACACCCGAUGAUGCCUAUACAUUUUAUAAUAAUUAUUCUUUUUUGCAUGGCUUUGGUAUACGUAGAGAUGAUACAAUUAAAAAUCCUAAAACAAAUGAGCCUUUUCGGAUGAUAUAUGUAUGCAACAAAGAAGGUUUCAAACGGACGGACAAAAAUGAUUCAAGUGAAAAUGAGAAAAAACAUCGUAGAGAUGUUAGAACCGGAUGCCAAGAAAAGCUUCGAAUAACAAGACAAGAGGACGGGAAGUGGUUGGUGGACUCGUUUAAUGACACACACAAUCACGACUUGACCAUGAUACCUACAAAAGUGAUGAAGUAUCACUCUCAUAGCAAUUUCCACUGUUCAAUAGAAGGUAAAUCUCUUAUGGUGCAAUUUGGUCAAGCGGGGUUGAAACCUUCUCAGAUUAAAAAGGUUGUUAAUACAAUGAAAACCUCAAAUGCAGCUGAUGUAACUUCAAAACAAUGUGUUGAUGUCUUAUCUGAGCAUCGAAAACAACAUAGAGGAAAGGAGUUCUAUGGACUUAUAAAACAUUAG